GUUGUUGACAAAGGACAGCUGGACAUAUAAAGGGCCCCUUUACCUUCAGUAGCUUAGGGCCUCAUCAAACCUAAAUCAGGCCCUGCUUUUGUGGUGCAGGAUGUCUCCCCACCCUCAUCCCCCAACCACCCCAUUUUCAGUGGGACAUCUGAGCAAUAAAAGUGCUGGCACAUUUGCAAAGCUAUGUGGGGCCUGGCAAGUUAAACAAGAGGCCCCUGUGCAGCUUCACAGCUCCUCAAGGCUGUCUCUGGUCCGGAUUCAGAAUCUCCCUGGCAGGAAUAGAAUGGAAAGACUCUCCGGGGUGGGGAAAGGAGGCUGCAGCCACAUGCGCGUCACAACAAAAGGAGCGAAUUUCCCCGAAAGGGUAAUGGGGAGGACAAGACGAGGCUGGCCAAAUUCUUCGUGUUGCGCCUUUCACUCCCUGCUGAAGGAACACGGGGCCGCCGGUGUAACUUUGCUUGAAGAUAUCUAAACAAUGGCAACGCAUCAAGGGAGAAUGGCUAGCGGAACGGUGGUGUACAUUCCUGCAAUUGCUGCAAACGUAAUCCAGGCAGGCGAGCAGAUCCCUGGUGCUGUUAUCCAACCAGCAGGGGCAGUACAAUACAUGCCAUAUGUUGGCCAGCAGGUUGGAAGCCCCAGCAACCAGCCUCAACACGUGAAGACAUGGGAAAAACUCCUCAAAAUGGAGACCAAGACUCUGGGGACUGUUCAGAUCUUAAUUGGAUUAAUGCAAAUCAGCUUUGGAGCGCUCCUACUUUUUCUUAUUGGUCACUCCUAUAUAUCUUUUGCUGCUGUUGGAGGUUAUCCAUUUUGGGGUGGAGCAUUUUUCAUUGUUUCAGGAAGCAUGUCGAUGUCAGCAGAGAAACAUCAAACACGCUGUCUGGCGAAAUGCAGUGUGGGAAUGCACAUCACAAGCUCUGUAAUGUCAGCAGCUGGCACCAUUCUAUAUAUAAGUGAUCUGGCUUUCAAUCGAGGCAAUCCUUAUUCACAGAACAUAGGCUUUGGUCUCUCUUUCCUGCUCCUCUUGUUCAGCUUGCUGGAGUUCUGCAUCACCGUUCUGAUGUCACAUAUUGGGUGCCAGGAGAAUUUCUAUAAUCUUGAGACGGCAAUGGUUUUUGUGCCAAACUCUGUCAGCAGUGAUGCCUUGAUUCCCUCAGAAAACAAUCUUGCUCCUCCACGCUAUGAUCCUAUGGAUUUUUCACCAAAUACAGCAUAAAGCACCCAAGUGUGAAGUUUUGGGAAGUGUAACUGCAGCAAAGCAACAGCAGCAAAGCAACAAUAGUCAAUAUUAUCAAUUGCUUUUUCUUUCUGGUGCAUAUAUUCAUCUAGUCUGGAUAUGUGCUAGGACUGCGAUUGUUAGUAGAUGAAUCUAUUGAUUAAUUGAUUACCACAGGGGUGAAGCAGGUGCCUCUAGUUUCAGAUUCUCCUAAACCCUCCUCACCACCUUUCCUUUUCCCAAAUUUAUCGACGGCAAGGAGUGGCACCACAGAGGUCAACCACCACUAGGCCCUAUGAUCCUCGGAUGAAGGGUGGUAUAGAAAUUUAAUUGAUUGAUUGAUUGAUUAAUAAUCAGGCCCAGUGUCAGCACCCAGCAUGGUGGGACAAAUGGCAGGACUGACACCAGUUCCUGACAUCCUUUUGUUUGUAUGUUUCCAGAAAUAUUUUUUAUUAUUCACCAGUCUGAUAAACUAGCAGCUGUCAGAUUUCAGAUAAGGAGACAACUGUCCCUUCCCUGUAAACUA